GCUACGGACUGAAGGACUCCCAGAGAGGCUCCUCCUUGUCCUCCUGCAGCACUACACACCUGGGGGGGAUUGGGGUGGGGCUGGUCCAGCAUCCCUGCUUUGUUGGCACAGGGAAUCUUCCGGGAACUUCAUUUCAGAACCGAAAUCCCUCAAAAUAGGCCCCACCUACUUGGAAGCAGUUUUGGGUUCAGGGUUCAUGCAGGCUCUGGAACCCUCCUCGCUGAAUGCUCCCCCAGGCCGGGAUCCCACCAUUUGCCCUUGAAAUCCUGGGUGCUGGCACACAGUAGGUGAGCAGAUGACAGGUGAGGCCCUUAGGACACAGGCAGUCUGAAGCCCAGGUGUUCUCUGCCCCUGUAUGUUUGGGGGCUCGCUUGCCCUGGAAGCAGAACCGGGGAUUGCUGGGUGCUCCCUGACUGACACUCGCCACCCCUUGCUUCACAACCCCAGGGGUGGGCUGGCAGUUUGGAGGAUGCCUUGCCUCAUUUUUCCCUGGAGUACUUUGAAUUAAAGGCUGGGAUUCUUUGCCUGUGUGGAGGUAGGUGCUUCAGCCUCAUGAGAAAUAAUUCCAUAGCCAGAGGUGUUCACAGGCCCCAUUAAUAAGCACACUUUUAACCAAGUAAUAGCGUACCUGGGGCGAGAGUUCACCUAGUUUAAAAUUGGGGUAUUUGUGGGAAAUGUUUUAGAAAUAAGACAGCUGCUGGGUCCCAGUGGAGGCUGUUCCGUCUUCUUCCUGGGUGGGGUGUGAGGUUUCUUCCCAACCCUCAGGCCCUGCUGGGUGCUUAUCUCUGGGGACAGGCCCCGGACCCGAGCCAGGCCCUGCUGACCUCCCUGCUCUGCCUUCCCUUGCCCCAGACAUUUGUCCCAGUCACUUUGGCAUGUGGCCCCAUGUGUCCCUGUGCUGUGAUUGCUUGAGGCAGUGAGGUGGGCAGGUAACCUGGAAUGGGACCCAGGUCCAGCUCCAGACCCUCCACAAACCCGCACUCUGAGGCACCCACUCUAUUUCCUGGCACACCUGGCACCCCCACAGCACCCCAAGGUACCUCACAACCUCCAUGGGUCCCCAUGGCACCUGUGGCCCCCUGGCCCCCUGCAGCACCUUGCAGUACCCCACUGUCCCCCCAGGCACGCUCAACACUCCCAUGGCCUUCCCAGCACCCCCAGCACCGCCCCUGCACCUGUGCUUCCUCACCUCUCAGAGAAAGCACUCGGGGCAUGGGCAUCAGCAUCCUGCCCACCCCGGCUCCCAGGUACAGCCUCAUCCUUGCAGCCUCUUCCCAUCCUAAAGGGGCCACUUUGCACCCCACCCUCUGAGGAGCUGAUGUCUUGCUCUCCAGCUAGUUUUCAGUGACUGAAGGCCCUGGGUACCUGGGAUCCCACGUGGUUGCUCCUGUCCGGGGCAACAGAGGCCCCUGUUGGAGUUGGAGCUCAUGGCAGUAUUCUGGGUGCAGGCCCGGCAGAUGUUUGAGGGAGAGAUGGCAAGCCUGGAAGCCCUCCAGACCACAGGCCUGGUGCGGGUACCUCGGCCCAUCAAGGUGAUUGACCUGCCGGGAGGUGGGGCCGCCUUUGUGAUGGAGCAUCUGAAGAUGAGAAGCUUGAGCAGUCAGGCAUCAAAACUCGGAGACCAGAUGGCGGACCUGCACCUUUACAACCAGAAGCUCAGGGAUAAGUCGAAGGCGGAGGAGAACACAGUGGGCCGGAGGGCUGAGGGUGCCGAGCCCCAGUAUGUGGCCAAGUUUGGCUUCCACACGGUGACGUGCUGUGGCUUCAUCCCUCAGGUGAAUGAGUGGGAGGAUGACUGGCCGACCUUCUUUGCCCGGCACCGUCUCCAAGCACAGCUGGACCUCAUUGAGAAGGACUAUGCUGACCGAGAGGCACGAGAACUCUGGUCACAGCUACAGGUGAAGAUCCCGGAUCUGUUUUGUGGUCUAGAGAUCGUCCCCGCCCUUCUUCAUGGGGAUCUCUGGUCGGGAAAUGUGGCUGAGGACGACUCGGGGCCCGUGAUUUAUGACCCAGCUUCCUUCUAUGGACACUCUGAGUUUGAACUGGCAAUUGCUUUGAUGUUUGGGGGGUUUCCCAGAUCCUUCUUCACUGCCUACCACCGGAAGAUCCCCAAGGCUCCAGGGUUUGACAGGCGCCUGCUGCUGUACCAGCUCUUUAACUACCUAAACCACUGGAACCACUUUGGGCAGGGGUACAGGAGCCCAUCCCUGGGCACCAUGAGGAAGCUGCUCAAGUAACAGCCAGCCUGCGUCCCUGCCUCCCCGCUUGGCAGGUAACUAGGGCUGGCAGCACCGGACUAAUAAAGUCGGGGGGUUCGGGACCAAAGACUGUGUUAGUUGUCUGCCCCCUCCCCCCGCGGUUGGGUCCAUGUGCAGAGGGCCCAGGGCACCUGACAGCUUUCCAACAGGCUUAUUAUGUAUCGUGAUCUGGGGGGAAUUUG